AUGUCUGAACGACGAAGUGCCACGCCGACUGAAAGGAAUCAGCCGGACGUCAAAGUUGGCGUCGGCGCCGAGCGUCCUACCGGCAUCAGCGUUCGUGCCGGCACGACGCUUAUGAAGAGCGUUUCCUUAUUCCUGACUAGCGGUCGCAAAACGUCCGUGAACUCGAAGCGACAGAUCUCCGCCGCGUCCGGCAAAAACGAAUCAUCGCCAAGAAGAAGACGCCGCAAAAAAAUGCCGGAGGCCGGAGGCGGCAGAAACUCCGCGUACAUCGUGAGAGUGAUUGAGUCUCUUAAAAAAAAAACUAAGUUCUCCAGAACGGAAUUGGAUAAUCUCUGUAAGCUUUACAAGAAGUUGACUGUCAAUUCCAAUCAACAACAAGUUGGACGAUCGAUGUCUGCCAGUAAGACAUCACAAUCCAGACCGGCUGUUGAGGGAAUCGAUAGGACUAUUUUUCGAGAACUCCUGCACAACACAUUUCACGUGAUCACGGAAGACAUAUUGAUAGAGCGUUUGUUCUGCUGUUGGGAUCGAGAAAUCGAGAGCGCAAUCAGAUUGGAGCCAUGGAUUAUGGGACUCGAUGUGUUCUUACGAGGUAAUCUGCGUGAGAGAAUCAGCUUGUGCUUUCGUGUAUACGAUCUGAACAACGACGGAUACAUUACGAAGGACGAAAUCUUUCUUUUACUUAAAAAUUGCUUAAUAAAGCAACCCGGUGAAGAGGAUCCGGACGAAGGUGUAAAGGAUUUGUCAGAAAUGGCCUUGAAGAAACUCGACGUCGAUCACGACGGUAAAAUAUCGUUCCGAGAUUACGAGAUGGCUGUGAAAGAAGAACCGCUACUACUGGAAGCAUUCGGGCAAUGUUUGCCUACUGAUGAAAGUUGCGCAACUUUUCUGGCUACUCUUCAACAAAAUAUGAAAUAAUAUUUUCGGACGUCUGCAAUAAAUGUUUCGCGUAAACAAGUGUUUCAUUUAAUACGCGAACAAUUAUAAUGUAAUGUCACUUAUUUAUUAUGCGAAGAUUACACACACAUGUUGUUUUCUCCGAACUUUCUCAUUAUCUAUUAUUUAGUAGUAAGUUUAUCGCAGUGUAUAUAUGCAAUUGAAAUUAUGUAGACGCAAGUAUGUUUACUUGUACGUGUAAUAGAGCAGAAAAUGUGCAAAUGAAUCAAUUGUCUCGUAUAAAGUGGCAUUGAAAUUUUUAUUAAAUCUUAAUUGCUGACCACUCGACUGCUUGUUCUCGAUUAAUGA